UUUAUCGGAAGUACCUACGUGUGCACUUUCGCGAUGGUUCAGGAAGCGUUUCCAAACAUCUACAUGGACGGGUUUUAGUUGUUCCUGGCGUGUUGAAAAUAUUACCAUUAGAAAAGGCAGCAUGUUGCCGACCACUACACCCUACAGCAACGGCACUCCCAGCUCCAGGGACGCUGCGCGCCACACAGCGGGCGCCAAACGCUACAAGUACCUCCGGCGCCUUCUUUAUUUCGGACAGAUGGACUUUGAAUUUGCCCUGUGGCAGAUGGUCUACUUGUUUACGUCGCCUCAGAGAGUCUACCGCAACUUUCACUACAGGAAGCAGACCAAGGACCAGUGGGCCAGAGAUGAUCCUGCGUUUUUGGUCCUGCUCGGCAUCUGGCUCUGCGUUUCAACCAUAGGUUUUGGUCUUGUUCUGGACAUGGGGGUGGUGGAGACCUUGAAGCUGCUGCUGUGGGUGGUCUUUGUGGACUGCAUAGGAGUCGGCCUUCUAAUAUCAACCCUUAUGUGGUUGAUCAGCAACAAAUACCUAAUGAAGAGUCCUAGCAAAAACUUCGACGUGGAGUGGGGCUACGCGUUUGAUGUUCACCUCAACGCUUUCUACCCGCUGCUCGUUAUCCUGCACUUCCUGCAGCUCUUCUUCAUCAACCAUCUCGUGGUGAUAAACUCGGACUGGUUCUUGGGAUAUUUUGUUGGGAACACUUUGUGGUUGAUUUCCAUUGGUUAUUACCUUUACAUCACCUUCUUGGGAUACAACGCUCUUCCCUUCCUGUCCAACACGGUGGUGCUGCUCUACCCCUUCGCUGCGCUCGUCCUCGUCUACGUCCUCUCCCUCUCUCUGGGCUGGAACUUCACGCGAGCUCUCUGCUUGUUUUACAAGUACCGAGUCCAGUAGGAGGACUGUCCUCAGCCUCCGUUUGCCGCUGCUGCUGCUGCGGGUCUGGUGAGAUGCUUCUGGUGGGCCGGCCAGCCGACCGACUGACUGACUGACUGACUGAUCGAUCAGGCUGACCGCUGGUCACCUUCUGUUUGGAGCCGCAGCUCCAGGGCCGCUAACGUCAUGGCGGGACUCGCUGCAGAAACCAAGGGACAGACGGCUUUUAAAGGUGGAAUGUAAAUCAGAAACGGUUUUCCCAAUGAAGACUUGGAAGUAAAAGAACUGCCUGUUGACGUGAAUGAAGGCAGAAAAGACUGCAGUUUCCUGUCCUUUCCCCUUUUCUUUAGGUGUACAUUCUAAUGCAUUGUCAAUAAAAGCUGUUAUUUACUUUAACCGGCUCACUUUGACGCGUCUGCAGGAGGAAUUCAGUCACGUUUUUCAUCGUUGAAGAUUGUGACGCGUGAUACUUUUUUUUUAGAUGUUUAUAUAACGUCAACUGAAUGAAACUAAAUUUGAAGAUUCAGUAAAUUGAAGCCCAAAAACUAAAGAGAAAUGUGAGAAAUUAUUCACAUUUAAAAAAAUAUGUUUCUGUUCCUACGAAAGCUAACUUGUUCUUCUGCAGUAAAGUUCAUAUAUUUCAGUUUGUGCUGAUAAACCUAUUUUAAUAAGGUUAGAAGAACUUGCAUGGUGGAAGGACAAUUUUACUUUCAGAAAUCUUAAUUUUAUACGAAAGUCUGAUCCUAACUAAAAGGGAUGGAGGUGUAAAAGCAAGUUUUGUUUGUUUUUCUUUUUUGGUGAAUGUUUACUGAAAUUAAAACUUAAAUGCUAUAAAAGUACCAGAAAAUAAACAAUUGUUAAUUGAGUAUAUUUUGUAACAUUCUGAACAAAAUGCCCCCCCCCCCCCCCAAAAAAAAAAAAAAAAAAAA